AUGGAGUGUGAUAUGAUCGAGUAUAUCAAAGAAGAUGUCUCAAAUUUACUUGAGAAGAUUCCAGAGAACAGGAGCUGCAUUCCUGUAAACUCUCCGAAGAAGCCAGUUGAAAGCAAGUCACUGACAGCUGGUAAAAUAAUUGUAGGUUUUGAGGAGGAGACAAACUGGUUAAUUACUAAGCUCACCAGUGGACCGAAAGAUCUAGAUGUCAUUUCAAUCAUUGGUAUGCCAGGUUCGGGAAAAACUACUUUGGCGUACAAAGUAUACCAUGAUAAGUCAGUAGCUAGACGUUUCGACACUCGUGCAUGGUGCACAGUUGGCCAGGAAUACGACAAAAGAAAGUUGUUGGAGAAAGUUUAUAAUCAAGUUACAGGCUCAGAUUCAAAAUUGAGUGAGAAUAUUGAUGUUGCUGAUGAGCUACGGAGACACCUGAUUGGAAAGAAGUAUCUUGUUGUCUUAGAUGACUUAUGGGAUACUGAUACAUGGCAUAAGUUAAAAAGACCUUUUCCUCUAGAUGAGAAUGGUAGUAGAAUUAUUUUGACCACUCGGGAAAUGGAAGUGGCUUUGGAUGGAAAGCGCGACACUGAUCCUCUUAAGCUUCGGCUGCUAAAAUCAGAAGAGAGUUGGGAGUUAUUAGAGAAAAGGGCAUUUGGAGUACAGAGUUGCCCUGAUGAACUAUUGGAUGUUGGAAAAGAAAUAGCCGAAAAUUGUAAGGGACUUCCUUUGGUGGCUGAUCUGAUUGCUGGAGUCAUUGCAGGGAGGGAAAAGACAAAGUCUGUGUGGCUUGAAGUUCGAAAUAAUUUGAAUUCCUUUAUUUUCGGCAGUGAAGUUGAUGUGAUGAAGGUUAUAGAAUUAAGUUAUGACCAUUUACCUCAUCACCUGAAGCCAUGCUUCCUCUACCUAGCACGUUCACUGAAGGACACAGCUUUGGACAGAAAUAGAUUGAAAAUGUUUUGGUGUGCUGAAGGGCUUGUUGAACAGACAGAGAUGAUGAGUUUGGACGAAGUGAUGGAAAUUUUUUUGGAUAAUUUAAUUUCCAGUAGCUUGGUAAUUUCUUAUAAUGAUAUAGGUGAUCAACCAAUUUGCCAACUACAUGAUCUUGUGCAUGACUUUUGUUUGAUAAAAUCAAAAGAGGAAAAGUUGCUUGAGCAGAUAAGUUCAAGUGAUCCGUCUUUUUCUUCUUCACAUUUGAUGUCACGCAUAGUAAAAAUUGAUUAUAAUAAGGAGCACUUUGAGCUUAACAAUUUUGUGUUGUUUAGUUCAAAAAUGAAAAGGCAUUCUGGUAAACACCUCUAUUCUUUGGAGAUAGCUGGAGACGAGAUGAAAGAUGAUGCAUGUCAUCUAAGAGACUUGAGGCUUCUUAGAGUGUUGAUCCUGUAUCCCUCUUUUAUCACGGUGAAAGAUUCUUUGCUGAAUGAAAUAGGCAUGUUGAAUCAUUUGAGGUACUUACACAUUGGGACAGAAGUUAAAUCUUUGCCUCCAUCUUUCUCAAACCUCUUGAAUCUAGAAACCCUGUUGGUGACUAACAAAGUAUCAACCUUGGUACUAUUACCGAGAAUUUGGGAUCUUGUAAAGUUGGGAGUGCUGUCCGUUCAGUAUGAUUGUUCUUUCAUUGACUUGGAUAUAGAUGAACCAAUAGUGAUAACAGAGGACUCAAAGUUAGAGAACUUAAGAGAAUUAAGGACACUCGUGCUUUCCUAUUCAAAAGAAACAGAGGAUAUUUUCAUAAGGUUCCCAAAUCUUCAAAGGUUUAUAUUUGUUCUCAAGGAAUCGUGCGAUUAUUCAACAGAGCGAUAUUGGUUCCCAAAAUUGGAUUUCCUAGAUAAACUAGAUUUCCUCAGAGUAGAAUUUGAAAGUUCAAACACAAAUUACAGUGGGCCCUCUUUACCAAAAAAUUGGUCGUGGGAUUUUCACUUCCCUUCCAAUUUGAGGAAAUUGGAGUUUUGGGACUUUCCUUUGGCAUCCAAUUCACUAUCAACAAUAGUGAGACUGCCCAAUCUUGAAGAGUUGUUCCUUACGAGAACAAUCAUGCAGGGAGAAGAAUGGAACAUGGGGGAGGAAGACACCUUUGAGAAUCUCAAAUAUUUGUAUUUGGAAGAAGUGACUCUUGCUAAGUGGGAGUUUGAAGUGGAAUCAUUUCCCGUUCUUGAGAAAUUAGAACUGUCUGUAUGUCAUAAGCUUUCAGAGAUUCCACCUAAUUUUGGGGAUAUUGGUUCAUUAAAAAUUAUCAAACUUGACGAGAGCCCUCAACUUGAAGAUUCAGCUCAGAAGAUUAAGGAAUAUGUUGAGUAUAUGAUGGGAGGGGAGCUUGAGGCUGAUCCUGAUGGAGUUAAGAUAAAUGUGCAGUGCGUGGUUACGUUGACGAAACCGAUUCCUGACCUUGGAGAUCAGAGAUUGCGCUCCUUUGGCGGCAACGCUGUUGGUCAAUGCUGCAUGGCUGGGGAUAAUGUGGUAUUUUUGGAUGUCUUCUUGUUCAUUAAGUUAUGGCGCAUGUUUGUUGCUAGCUCAGAAGUUGCCAAGGGUUACGAUCAUCCGGACACGAGACCAGAAAGUUUCCCAAUUGAGAAACUCUUCAUAUACAGAACAGUGGCAGCACGGAGGUUCGACAUUGUUAAAAGUUGCUAUAAGGAAUAA